GUAUACAUAUGCCAGAAUAAAAACAAAACCCAAUUUAUUCACAUUUCUGAAUUAGAUGUUCAUUAAUGUGAGCAUUUUAGCGCUCAGUAAAGAAGCUGUCUAUGUGAAUAUCUAACCUCUUGGACGGACUCCCUUACAACAUGAAGCGGACAACUCAUUUUUAGGAAAUCCUUUAGCUAUCGACGCGAGGCAAACAAAACCAAAAACCGAAACCUAAUUUGGGGAUUUACCCAAACAGCGUUUUUUUCAGUAUUACUUUUACCGGCCUUUAUAUUGAAAACUUCAGAAUGGAAAGAAAAAAAGUACUUAGUUUAAAGGAAAAAAUGGAGGUUAUAAGCGCAUAUGAUCAAACUAAUUCAUCAGUGCGUGCAUUAGCCAAAAGGUUCAACAUAGGAAAGACACAAGCUGCGCUCAUUGUUCGCGACAGAGAAACAAUUCGGUCGAGAUGGUUGUCCGGUGAAAACAUCAAUACGAAAAGAAGUUUCCUGAAUACAGACGGCAAAAAACUCGACUCCAUGUGCUACGAUUGGUUCUGUAAACUUAGCAGUGCGCAUAAUACUCCAAUAUCUGGUUCAGCUAUACAAGAGAAAGCGAAGGAGCUCGCAACGAGCCUCGGCAUUGACGACUUUGCAGCCUCCAACGGUUGGCUCCAAAGGUGGCGCAAGAGACACAACAUUAAUUCGCGAUGUGAACCAGGAGCACAAUCAGCCGAUGUAAACCCAUUGGAUGUUCAUCAGUUUUUAGAAACGGAAAUCGAUAGUAGCGAUACGGUAUUCGUAAUUGAUGACAACAGCAACACGGAUACGGAUCUUGUAGCUGAACUUUCCUGUGAGCUAAAGACGGUUAAAAGCGCUUUAAUAUACAUUGCAAAUUUAAAGCAAUUUCUAAAUAACGACCACAUCGCUUUUGAACAUUUAAAGAAUCUAGAAAACCAUAUGCAAAACAGACUCUUAAAAUGUAAGCACUUAUAGAGAACUAUGUAUUACAACAACUUAUUAUUAAACCAUUUAAAUUUCGUCGUA